AGUGCGUCUCGUGAUUGAGGUCAGUAAGUCACAUAUGAUGCACAUACGAACGAACUGAAACACUGACGCGAUAAUUUCUCACUGCGAUCGUUUAAAGCUGCAGAGAUGUCUGUCGCGUCUUUCCAGUGCCUGAUGUUAGGUUCAGUUCUCCUGGUUCUGGUGUGUGCCAGGGUUCUAAGUGCUGGUCCAGCACUCCUACCCAACCCCAUCCGCUCCCAAGGGCCGGUUCUGGAGGUUCCCGUAGGCUUUGAGGAACACGAUGAGGUCUCGAGGGAACGCAGGCAUGGCUUCAUGGAGAGUUCUCAGGAGAGCUCCGGGUUCUUUAAUGAAGACAGCGAGGAUGGCAAGAACGCUCGUAUCGAGACCAAAGACACCAGCAUUGACCCAAGUGCCAUGAAUGAGCGCUGUCUGAUGCCCAAGAAGGUGGGACCUUGUCGUGGGGCGCUCCCUCGCUGGCACUUUAAUCCUGUCACUAAGAAAUGCGAAAACUUCAUAUUUGGGGGCUGCAGAGAAAACCGCAAUAACUUCCUGUCCCUGGAGGAGUGUGCCAAAGCUUGCCACACAGUCCCUGAUUACAGCCCUUCAUCCCCAGAACCACCAUCUUUGCCACUUUCUUUGAGCCAAAAGCCAACUCAGAUGAAUUUCUCUUCCUCAUUGUUCGUCCCUACGACCGAGUCAGUCGACCCGGAGCAGUGGGAGAGCGAUUCAGAAUCGAGCGGCUUCCCUCUCCACCCCUUCUCCGGGCCGUCAAUCGCAGAUGCUGAAGACCACGCCCACUCCACAGCCACGCCCCCCGUCCUCGGACUGGCCCGUCAGAACCAGCCAGAGGCCACAGCUGAGCCUGACAGGCGCCUGACAUCCAACGACAUGUUUGAUGAUCAGAGGGGCCAUGCUGUAACACAAGCACCCACGGCUCCUGAAAUCGGGCCCCUGCCGAGCCUGGAACCCCUGCAGCCCGACAAAACACACCAGGAUGAUUCUGAGGAAGAUGAGGAUGAGGAAGAGGUAGUGGAUUUUCCCACCGAACCGGCUGAGGAGGAAGAGGAUGAAUGGCGGUACCUCACGCCGUUCACAUCCAGACCCUCGUCCUCCCCCGCUUCAGAUCUGCCGCCCGUGGUCUUCACCAAAACCGCCUGGCAGGGGGCGCCGCUCACCACAACAGAGGACGAGGAGGGGGCGGAGCUUCGCCACGGCGGCAACGAAUAUCUCGCCGAAACGGAGCUGCACGACUCAGAGCUGUCCCAGGAGGCCGAGCAGGUGAUUUGUGUCGACUGGAGCAACCUUGCAGGAAAGGGCUACGUUAUACUCAACAUGACGGACAACUUUGACUGCGAUGAGUUUCGUAUGGAGAGGGGCGACAAACUCCUGGAGAUGCUAGAAAACACAUUCUCCAGAAAGAGGAACAUCCCACAAGGCUCCUGGCUCAUUUUCCUCAGCAAACCCACACAGCAGGACCACCAGCUUCUGAUGGCCUUAGCCAGCGAGCAGGAAAUUAUCCCUCCAAAAGACGUCCUGUCAAUGUUAGGGGAAAUCACAAGAGGUCUAAAUGAGAUUGGAAUUCAGAAUUUUUCGACCGUGAACACGUGCCACUCGAGGCCCAGUCAGACACGUAGUGACUACGGAAAGCUGUUUGUGGUUCUAGUGAUCAUCGGAUCUGUUUGUGUGCUCAUUAUUGCUUCUGGAGUCAUCUAUAUCUGCUGGCAGCGUCGUUUACCCAAACUCAAAAACAUGUCGAGAGGAGAAGAGCUGAACUUUGUGGAGAACGGUUGCCAUGACAACCCCACGCUGGACGUGACAAGCGAUAGCCAAUCAGAAAUGCAGGAGAAGAAACACAGUGCCAAUGGGGUGACAGUGGGCGGGGAUGGAGGAAACGGUUGGCAGGUCCUUGUCAAUAAGCCCGGGAAAACCGAGGAAGACAACCAAGAGGAAGACACGCACCUUUAAUUAAUCGCGGGAAAACAAUCAGAGAAAAAAAACGGCAUGAGAAAGCAUUAUGGCAUUACAGACUAAGAGGGCACAAAACAUUUUCAAGCUUUUUCGGAAACAUCUGCUGUAUAAAAUGUGAUGUCUUUUGGCUUGUAUGAUGGUUUUCUUUAUCUGCAUUACUAAAUUCAGGCGGGACUAAAAAGAACGCUUUAAAGCGCGAUUUGUAUGAUAUGGGGAACUUUUUAAUGCAGAAUUUAUUUAAAUUGAAUGUGUCAAACAAUCAAAACUAAGGUUGAAUUUUGGGGGGAAAAGUUUGUUGCACUGUUAAAGCAAUAGUUAAACCCAAAACGUAAAAUAUAUGUCGGUAAU